UAAAGACCGUCUGCAUAUGCAAAUUGAUUCAAAUUGAAUUGUAUAAACUGUGUAUUGCUACAGACUUCGCGAAGUAGAAGACCUGGAUUUGGCUCAUCAUUGCUACAGUGCCAGCUAUGUUGCCUCUAGACCACCGAAACGAAAGGUUCUUGUCAGACUACAGGAACAAUGGCAUCUGGAGGUGGAAAUAAGAAAAGACAACCAGGAAACAGGAAGAAUCGGGAAGCCAAUGUCGAUUCCAAUUUGCAGCACUGUGAUGAUAACAGUGUGGCCCACAAUGCCGAGCAUCACUUAAUGCCAGAACAAUGUGAAGAGCCCAUGUCUACAGACUCACACGAAGCGGGAACAUUUAACCAGCAGCACCUGGGGCCAGCAGCACAAUAUUGUCAACAGAAACAACAUCAGCAACAUCAACAACAAGUGCAGCAUCAUAUGCACGUACAACAUAAUCCCUCAAGCCCUCAUCAGCACUGCAGCACACAAGUCCAUGACCAUAAUAUAUCCGAGUCCUUGCACUCGCACACGACCACGUUGUCUUCUCUAAACACAGGCUUUUCUGGUCCAGUGCCUUAUAACUGGCAAGCCUCCAAAACUAAUGUCAAAGACCGACUUGCAUUUAUGUUCAACAACGAAGUUAUGAGUGAUGUCCACUUUGUAGUCGGAAAAGAGAUGAAUACGCAGAGGAUACCAGCACACAAGUUUGUCCUCUCUGUAGGAAGUGCUGUAUUUGAUGCCAUGUUUAAUGGUGCCAUGGCAACAACAUCGGAAGACAUCGAGCUCCCUGAUGUUGAACCAGCAGCAUUUUUGGCAUUGUUACGCUUUCUGUACUCUGAUGAAGUUCACAUUGAUGCUGAGACUGUCAUGACAACAUUGUACACAGCCAAGAAGUAUGCUGUCCCUGCCUUGGAGACUGCUUGUGUGGACUUUCUUAAGAAAAAUCUAUGCAGUGAUAAUGCAUUCAUGCUGCUCACCCAGGCUCGGCUAUUUGACGAACCUCAGCUUGCUGGCCUCUGCUUGGAGACAAUUGACAAGAACACAUACGAAGCUCUGAGUGCUGAAGGUUUCACUGACAUUGACAGAGACACCUUGUGUGUUGUACUGGAAAGAGACACUCUAGGCAUCAGGGAGAGCAAGCUAUUCAGCGCAGUAUGCCGUUGGGCCGAGGCAGAGUGUCAACGUCACGGCAUUGCCAUCACCCCAGAAAACCAACGCCAGGUGCUUGGACCGGCCUUGCAGCAGAUCCGAUUCCCGCUGAUGUCAGUGGAAGAGUUUGCAAUGGGGCCUGCCCAGUCCAAUUUGUUACAGGACAGGGAGACAGUGCAGCUGUUUCUGUACUUCACUGUGAACCCCAAGCCUACUGUGCCCUUUUUAGACGUGCCCCGAUGCUGUUUGACUGGGAAGGAACAAGUGGUGUCCAGGUUCUGUCAGAUUGAGAGUAGAUGGGGCUACAGUGGAACCAGUGACAGGAUCAGGUUUAUGGUGAACAGGCGGAUAUUUGUUGUUGGUUUUGGUCUAUAUGGCAGUAUCCAUGGCCCAGCUGAAUAUGUGGUUAACAUUCAGAUUAUUUGUACAGACACUGGUAAGAUAGGUGGUCAGAGUAACAGCACUUUUCAGUGUGAUGGAACCAACUCUACCUUCCGUUUGAUGUUCAAGGAACCUGUGGAAAUCUUGCCCAACAUCAACUAUACUGCCUGUGCUACUCUGAAGGGUCCGGAUUCCUAUUACGGCACAAAAGGACUGCGUAAGGUGACCCACGAGUCCCCCACCAGUGGCAAGGUGACAUUUCAGUUCACCUACGCAGCAGGCAAUAACAAUGGCACAUCGGUUGAGGAUGGACAGAUACCAGAAAUCAUAUUCUACACAUGAGGACAUCUUGAGGAUGAAGAAGAAGGCAAAUUAUUGGCAUGAAGAACUCCUUCAAUACUGUUGCGGAUUGCAUUGU